AGAAAAGAUUUUUUUUUAAAUGUUCAAACCUUACAGCUCUUUAGACCUAUAGACUACAACCACAAUCAAGUUGCACACCGCCAAUAAAUACAACAGAAGAAGACUGCAAUCAUGCAAUGACAAUGAGGCACGAAAACCAGCACCGGGGACAGGAACUAAGAAGCGCAGACACCGUUUCUAGCCGGGUGUUCCGGCAUAUAUUUAAUAAAGCCAACGACAGCGAUAUGGCAUUAAAUAACACAUGGAUAUUUAAAACGUGUCUGAUCAGAUGUCUACAGAAUUCACUGCAUAGACAUGCAGUCGUCGCAUCGGGAUUACACACGACUGGUGUUCACCAAACGUCAAACAGGACCUCGGUAGUUCGGUGUACAAGAAAUAAAUAUGAGAGACAGUAUCCAGUCUUGCUCGUCCGUCCUGACGGCUCCACCAUCAACAUCAGAUACAAGGAGCCAAAAAGAAUACUUAUGAUGCCGGUGGACAUCAGUACUCUGUCUGAAGAGGAUAGGAAAGCCAGAUUACGGAAGAGGGAUCCAAAGAAGGCUGUCGUGAAGAAAGAGAAAUACUUCGAAGACGACUUUAAAAUUGAUGAUUACAGCCAGUUCUGGAAGAAAAAGUGAUCAGCCUGUUUGAGUGUCCUUGUUUCUCCCUGUAUACACAAGAUAUGGUAUUGUAAUUAUUGUCAGGUCAUUAUCAAUAAACAUUUUUCAGAACUACA